CAGUGACGGCUCAAAAAGCGCUGAGAACGCCAUCCACGGCGGUCGAGCGUUGCUCCUUCAAGGCCAUGCUGCUUGGCCGCGCGGUGAUCACCCGCGCUCGCAGCGCUAUGGUGCGCCACUGCGGGACUUCUUUGCGUGUGCCGAAGGCGCCCCCAGGCACUGGAACGGACAUCUUCCAUCCGCAGGUGAUGCUGCCGAAGUAUUCCCUCACAAACCAGAAGUGGUUUUUCCUCUUCUUCAUCUGCAAUUUGGGUGCUUAUUCAGGACACUACUUCUACCUGCAUCUCCUCAUGCGCGCGAAUCCUCCCAAUCCGCCUCGUGAUCCUGAUCAGGUGCGACCUGAGAAGCAUAUGCACGCCGUUGAUGAUGACUAAGGCGUUUUGGCCUUCUGGUUAAGACCAUGCCACUGAGGGUGCUGGCAGAAGUCCUUGCUUUCGUUUUUGAACAUAACAAUGUAUGCAGCUCAAAGUGGGAUCUUGACAUUUGCUAG